CUUCCAUCUGUCAGACCCAACGAUUAUAUUACAUAGUACUCCAUACACAUCCCGAACUCACCAGACAAAACAAUCAUGACUUGGCAGUGUGCACGGUCCAGGCGAUGCAGCAUAUUCAUGUAAAUGAGAGAGCGCUCAGAGUUUCCACCGUACAUGGUCCUCGCUCUCACCAUAAUGCCAACCCUCGACCUCUACCUCCUCACGUCCGUUGGCUUCCCCCGCGACCACCACUCCCUCUUCCUCCUCACCGAUCCCUCCGGCAGAGGCAUCAUUUUCCAAGUCACUGGCAACAUCCAAGAAGGCAUGAGAUUCGAGAAGAAAGAUGUUGAAAACCCAGAGCUCUCGAACGAGUACAUUUCCAAGUCGAAGAUCGGCGUUGUCUCGGACGAGAAUUUGGCGAGGAUGGAAAGUGUCUUGAGAGGCAUUGCGCCUCCAACGAAGCAGUUCGAUGGGCCGACGAGGAUCGAUGCCAGUGUACCGUUGAGGAGGUGUCAGGAGUGGACGAGGGAAGCAGUGGAGGCGUUGGGGAAAGACGGGAUUUUGGGGGCGUGAGGAAAGGUAGAGUGUCCGGAUCGUGGUGGAUCUGUAUGAUAUCAGUUGCGGACGAAUUGAAGUGGCUCCUACAUGAGAUAGCGGGACUCUGUAGCCACGGGCCACACAUGUGAGAGAAACUCUGGUUGCAAAAACUCCUUUCAUUAUUUGGAGUCCUUACACCUGUGAUUGAUAGUCCGAUCUCCAUGUACAUCGAGCCUACUCUUACAAUGAAAUAUAGCUACAACGUCU